UCCUCUUUGCAAGUCUCUGCUUAAAUGGCUCCGGUUGGUCUGCCUCACUCUGCCUGCUAGCGAAGAAAUGGUAAGGUCAACUUUGAGGGCACAGUCUAUCAGCUCAGGAAGACCUCAUCAUCUUGAUCCACUCUGUUGUCACAACCCCACGGAAGGAAUGAAAGCUAAAAAGAGAAUGCUAUUGUUGAUCUCGUGCCUCUUCCUGCUGCUGAUGGCUAAAAUCUACUUCAGGAAGCAGCAGAAAGGAGAACUUCGGCUCUCAGUCUGGUUUCACCCCAGGAGACGCCUAGAUGUCAUCACGACCACUGAUUGGCAGGCCCCAGUCAUAUGGGAAGGCACCUUCGACAGACUGGCCCUAGAUAAAUAUUACAGGAAGCAGAACAUCACCGUGGGCUUGGCUGUGUGUGCUGUUGGCCGUCUCUCUGACCAGUACCUGGACCCGUUCUUGCAAUCAGCCAGUAAGUUCUUCAUGCCUGGCUAUAGGAUGAUCUUCUACAUCAUGGUGGAUAGGUACCUGAAGGUCCCUGCAAUGGGGCGCAACCCUCUGCAAUCCUUCCAAAUACUCAGGAUAAGUGAGGAGAGCUGGUGGAACAACAACUUUGACUUCGUAUGCAUGAAAACCUUGGCUGAGCACAUCCAGGAACGCAUCAGAUACGAAGUGGAUUUCCUCUUCAGCAUGAGCACCAACAUGGUCUUCCAGAAUACAUUUGGGGUGGAGACCCUGAGCACAUCUGUAGCUCAGCUCCAUGCUUGGUGGUAUUUCCGAAAGACGAAGGAUCUCCCCUAUGAGAGGAGACCCAUGUCAGCAGCCUACAUUCCCUUUGGACUGGGGGACUUCUAUUAUGCUGGCACUAUUUUUGGUGGAGUGCCCUUUCAGGUUUUGAAUUUCACUCAGGAAUACUUGAAAAGUGUCAUCUUGGAUAAAAAAAAAGGCCUUAUAAGUACCUACGAAAAGUACCUCAACAAACAUUUUUUCUUCAACAAACCCACCAAACUUCUAUCCCCAGAAUACAACUGGGACCCCACCUUCAACAUCCCUCAGGAAGUGUGGUAUGUUAAGAUUGCUCAGUAUCCCACAGACAGCUUGUGAUGCACCAGUGUUUAUGGAGUACCAAGCAAGUUGCAGCAGUUCCUUACAGACACAGCACGCCUAGUUAAAAACCAACAUUUGAGAGAGCCCACCAAUGUAUACUGUUUCCAAAUCAAUUGUUUUUGUAAUUUUGAAUCAUACCAUUUGGGUGAAUCUAGGACGAAUGUGCAUACACAUGUCCAUACACAUAAUGCUCUUAGCCCUGUGUUGCAGAAAUGAGACAUGGAGCACACUUUAUUG